AUGGCAGUAUCGAGCGAUGUCUCAGUUGUAAAAGUAUUCAAUUUCAUCAGUGGAAGUGGCGGAGUUUUAGAACUAUCGAAUUUACUUAAAAAUCCCUCGCCUUUGGCAAAGAAAUCUACUGAGACUGAGCUGAUUUUAUGGUUUCAAACUCAGAAAGAUUUGGACCCAAACAACAGAUUGGUUUUGGUAAGAAAUCAACGUGAUGAAGCUGUCGGCGUGCGAAUCGACUUGGCCAAACAAAUGUGUUUAAAGUACUCCACCGAAGAGUCUUGUAAAUCAGGAAGUAGAUGUAAAUUCUGGCACUUAUGUAGGGAGUUCCUUGAGGGAACUUGUAAAGGAAACUGUGGCCGAUCACAUGAUUUUCACGAUGAAGACAACAAAGCGAAAACGGUGGAAUUGGGUUUUGAAGGAAAAGCGACUGGGCCUUUGAAAACUAUUGUCGCCGGAAGCUUUCUGCAGGUUUGUCUUAUGUAUUCAAAAAAUGGUUGCCUCUCUGUAAAUUGUCCGUAUCUUCAUAUUUGUGUUAAUGCGGUGCGGGCAACAGCCUGUGGAUGUAGUCGGUAUCACGAUUUCACUAGUCCGCACAACAGAAGCUUGCUGAAACAGUAUGGGUUCAGGCCUCCCCGAACGUCAGACAUGGAUGUCGUUCGUUGUAACAUUCUGAUCCCGAAGCAGCAGAAAUCUUUUGAAGGAAGGGCUAUCAAUGAUCCAAGCUUCAGCAGGCAACCCACGCCAAGAGUUAAUAAGCCUGAUAAUAUUACACAGAGGCACCCCUCACAUCAGGGUAAACCUGGAGCUGUUAGUCUGGCGGGUUUAUGCCAAAACUUCUCUAAACCUGAACCAAAAGCACCUGCUCGAGCCAAACCAGAAAUGCAUCAUGACACUGCACCUCCUGAUGCUGAUCCUCUGUUUAUGAAAGUUUUUAAUUUCAUAUGUAGUAAAGGAGGGUACUCUUCAUUGCGGGACCUAUUGCAACCACCCUCGCCAUUGGUAGGGAAGUUUUCAAAGUCUGAGGUUGAUGCAAAGAUUUGGCUUCAAGUAAACACUCACCCAGAACAGGGACAGAAAAUCAUUUUGCUAGAGAACCAAAAUGGUGAUAUUCUCGGUGUUCGAGUAAAUUCAAGGAAAAAAUUAUGUUUGCAGUAUAUGAAAGGUUAUUGUAAAUCUCUCAACACUUGUCAGUAUUGGCACAUCUGCAAAGGUUACCUUGAGGAUACUUGUCAGGGAGGCUGUGGUCUCUCACAUGACUUCCAUGAUGAGGGUAACAUAAAGAAGAUACAGAGAUUGGGGAUUGAGCGUUACCCAAAUGGAACUUUAAAGAACAUAAUUUCACACAGUUUUCCCCGAAUUUGUCUCCCAUAUGUGAAUAGUAGAUGCAACUACAGUAAUGACUGCCGACAUUUACAUUUAUGCCCCCUUGCUUUUGGAGGAAACUCAUGCAGUUGUAACUUGACACACGCUUUAAAUGAUGACCGUAAUUCCUCAAUUCUAAAGCAAUAUGAUUUAGAUCCUCAGAGAACCAAAAUAAUCAUAAUGCAGAGCAACAUCUUGUUCCCAAAAAGGCAAAAAGGUCCCACAGAAGCCAAGCUUUCCUCAGCAUGUUCUUCUUUAACAUCACAGCCAGCGUCUUUGAUGUCCUUGCCUGUAGCCCUAAAAGAUGAUAACAAUCUGGAUUCACAAGUGAAAAGGUGUCCAGAUGAGAGACUAAAGAAGAGGAGAAGACAACGACGAAGACAGAAGAAAAAGGCAAAUCAAGCAGGUGAACCAUGUGAAGAAUCACUUGAAGAUGACGUUGAAGAGGAAGGUUCAGAUUCAACCUCAGAUAAUGAAGAUUUGCCAGACAAACCUGAUCUUUACUCAGUUUCAAAAUUUUCCAAUCAGCCUAGUCCAAGCACAAAGCAUGUAGACACAUCAGGGAAUACAUCUGUUCAAGGUCUGAGGAAGCAAACACAAUCCAACAGUGGGAUGACUUACCAGAACCAGGUUUCUGGAAUGGGCAUAAGUGAAGUUGCUGAAGGAAACUUGAUCAAUUUUUCUGAUGAGUUAGAAGAUGGAUUUCAGGAUCUUGAAGAUACAUUUGGUUCACAGGAUGACUUCUCAACUUUUGAGCCACUUUCUCAAGUGGAUGAUUUGCUCUUCAACCUGUCCCCAACAAAUGUUGCAGGAGCACUGUCUCAGGACAGUACCUCUUUUGACCCAUCUGAACAGCACAGUGCAGAAAGCCAAUUGGAAAAAGAAGCUGUAAACUCUGUUUUUCAAUACAUUUGUAAAGAACACAAUGGUGAAGUGCCUUUUGCUGUAAUAUCCCAAUGCCACGACCUGUUUCCUCUAGAUGCUAUUGAUAUUGCUGCAUGGUUCAGGGAAAACUCAAGCAGGUUUAUGAUCAUUGAGAACAGUGAAGGGGGAAUUGAAUCAGUAAGAGCAUGCACCCCUAAAGCACGCAUCUGUUUUCGCUACUUGAUGGGCAAAAAUGGCUGUAAGGAUCCAAAGUGUUUCCGUUACCAUGUCUGCAAGCAUUAUCUUGCUAAUGGUGCCUGUCCGUUAGGGAAGAAAUGUAGAUACAGCCAUAGCCAUAAUCUGAAGAGCCCUCACAACAAAAACAUCACUAAAAGGCGGAAGCUCGGCUGUUUCUCAGAUGAGGAGCUACGUGUCCUGAUUUCUGCCUCUGUUCCUGAAGUUUGUCUUGAUUACAACAAGAAGUCUGCUAGAUGCAGGAGAGGUCUACGUUGCUAUGCAAUUCAUGUCUGCAAGCAUUAUGUAAUGGGCAAUUGCAAAAAUGGAGCCAACUGCCCUCUUAACCAUGAGGCAAGUCUCAAAGAACCCCAUACCCGGUUAGUUCUAGAGAAGUACAAUUUGACCACAGUUCCAGUGCAAGCUGUCUUUAGAGCCAUUCUGGUGCGUGGACAGAGGAAACCAUUGACCAUGGAAACGGAAGAGGAACAAGAAGCUGGUAAGAAGUGUAAUCAGUAUUGUACCUUUGGUAUUGGGCUGCACUGGAAAUUGCUUGAAGUACCAUUACCCAAGUUAGUUUUUAUGGUUACAUACACUAUCUCAUGAUCUGUACACAUCUGACCAAGAAAUUUUGUCAUUUAUGUUUUGAACCUGGUCAUGGUCAUUUCUAACUCAAUUUGUAAGCAUGGGGUUGUUUAUGGCUCUUUUUUUAUUGAGCUUGUUCACUUGCAUGUAUCUAUUUUACAGAUGCAAAUCAUUGUGUCAAAGAAAUGAGAUGAUACUGUACUAUGAUGUUAGACGAAUGUCAGAGACAUCAAAUCUUAUGAAAUAGCCAUACAUCUACCAAAGAAAUUGAUGAGAUUUCAUCAUCUAACACCCAAAAUCAUCCUUGACCAUGUAUUUGUUCAUGGCAGGAUUCUAAUGACUCUGAUUCCAGCAGUUUGGGAAUGUUUGGCAUUCUUGAUUUUAUUUUAUAUAUUUAAUAAUUAACCCUGUUCAUACACAGGCCUCUAAGAACAUAAAUGAAAAUUCAGUUCUAAAUUUAUUACUGAACAAUCUCUUUGUUAAUUCUGUAGCUGCACAACCUCAAAAGAAACAAGUGAUGAAUCCAAAGACAGAGGUGCAAAACUUCCAUAGCCCCCAGUACAUCUGCCUGGAAUUCCUAUUGGGUCAUUGUGGCAAGGCUCAAUUGUGUGAGUACUUUCAUCACAACAUGCCAUACAUGUGGCAGUAUAGAUACCUUGACAAUGAGCAAGCAGAUGGAUGGGAGGUAUUCACCGAAAAUGAGAGUGAAGACAUUGAGAGACAGUUCUGCACUGUUGAUGUUACAGAGACAGAAAUUGGACACAUUCAAGUUGCACCUCCUCCAAAUGCACUGUAAGUACAACUUGUUUCACCAAUAGGAAAUUACAGCUUUAAUCACUUUUCUUGUCUAGUGAACCUGAAGAAUAUUUUUAUUUGUUAAAUAAAGAGAGGUAGCCAGCCCUUAUCCCUGGAAUACCCACCCUCUCUUCAUAACUUAUGACUGAUUUCCCAGAAUACACCAUUUCCCAGAUCUUUAUAUUAUAAGUUAACACUGAUCUAAAUAUGAUUGAUAAUCAUAAUGUUUGGUUUCACUUCUGUGUGAUAGUUAACUUUCCCUUUUGUUGCUGCAGUAUUGAUCCUGGAGAAGGUUACAUCAAGAUCAACUUUGAUGAAAUGAAAGCUGUGACAGGAUUUGGAUCUGUGGAGCUGAGACGUCUGUCCACUAAGUCAGUGAGCUCGCUUACAGAUCAUUCUCUAUUGACUACAUGGGUUUGGUACCUGUCAGAUCAGGACAGCAGUUGGACUGAGUAUGAUUCUGAGCUUAUGGUAUGUCUGUAAGAUAAUUGCUGAUCAUUCCUAAUCUUUUGGGUAAAAACAGAGGAAAAAAAUUAAUAUCAAGAACACAGACUAUCAUUGGCUUGGUAACAGAAAAGGGGUCCUCUCUUCUCAUCUGAGAGUUGCUUGACAAUUCACUGCAUUCUUUUAGGCCAAUGAGCAAAUCAAAUUUUAUCUUAGGUCUGAAAAGUAAAAAAAACAUUUUUGGAGAAUUUGGUGAGUGAUUUAUGAAGCUCUGCAAGUAAGAUGAUAUAAAUAUCCACAUCUGGAGACAGUUUUGGUUCUGAAACUGCCCUAAAGUAACCGCAGCCUAUAUAUAUAUAUAUAUGUAUGUAUGUAAUUUAUGUAUGUAUAUAUCUAUAUGUAUAUGUAUAUAUUUGUAUAUAUGCAUAAAUUUAUUUUUUUUGCUUUUGUCUUCCAUUUAAGGGACAAAUUUACUGUGAGCAUAGCUUUUCUUUGAUAUUGUUGUUUAUUUAAUAUUUUUAUUUAUCAACGAGCUUCGAGCAUUUUCCAUAUUCAGGAAAUGUCCCCUUCUUUUCCAUGCAAUGGCAGGUUUUAUUAUAAUUUAUUGAUUCUUAAAUACCGAAGUUUUAUGUUUGUCGUUAUUUCGGGAAAAAAGGGGAGUUCAUUUCCUCAUUUAGGCGGUGGUAUCUUCUGAAGGCUUAUUUGUUUUCUAUUUUCUUUUUUUCGUGCCAUAAUGUCUCCAAACAGAAGCGAAUAGAAGAGUCGUUCACCAAAGGAAGAUCAUUCCAUAAAUUUAAAAGAGGAGGAGAGGACCACAAGUUGUUUUUUCACAAAACGUCCAUGUACCAGCAGAACUCGAAACCACCCAUUAAAGUUACAAAAGUGAGAAGAAGGCCUUUGUUUAGGUCUAAGUCGGAAAAAGAGAGGCUGCAGAGGUAAAAACUAACACUGUGAAUGCUUACCUCUAAAGAUAUGUUGGAUCCAGUCACCUUGAUUUCUACAAGGUUAUUUUGUGGCAUGAUGACCCUAUCGUCCAUCUCAGGGGGUCAUUUAAAACGUAAAAUGCGCUCGUAGCAACAACGAAGGCAACUUAUGCGCAAGGCUUAUUUUACAAUACAGAAAGUCAUGAGGUAGAAACACGUGGGAAAUACGUGUUGACGAGGAAUAUAUUUUUGUUUUGCAUGUGAUUGGUCAAAUUGGUGGCGUGAUUGUUAUUUUGACCAAUCACAGUAAGCGCACUUGGGUAGGCCGAACACUUCGGGUGGUGUUCUGUUUGUUUAUUUCUUUUGUUUUCUUGUAUGUGUAAAUGUAAAUUAGUGUUUUCGUUUCUCCAGUGAGAUUUUUACUUUGCUGUUUGAGUUUUUGUUUACUAGUAUCUAGACUGUAUACAUCGUAGUCAGACGAAUAUUGUAUGGGUAUAUGUUAUAAGCUAGCUUUUGUUGUAUCUGCUUUGAGACUCUGUACAAACACGAGUUUAUUUUAUGUCAUUAUCAUUAUCACUUUUCUAAAGAAGGCCAGGAACUGAAAAAAUCAAACGAACAGUAUGAGCUUUAAUUCGCGAGGAAAAGCACUAUAAGGUUAAGCGAACUUCGUGUUUUUUUUUAUAUUCUUCAGUCCCCUUGAACUACCAAUCCCAUUGCAACCCGCAACACCAGGGCAGUCUACCUCAACUUCAUCACAUGGUCACACUCCUCCUCACUGGGAACGUGUUCCUGAAGACCGAGAGUUCAUGCGUGUUCCUCUGACUAGCAACUCAGAUGAAUUCAAACUUGCCGAAAGCCUGUUUCGCCAAACCAUGUCCGAAAACAAGGCAACUAUCAUCUCCGUUGAGCGAGUUCAAAAUCCGUUUUUGUGGAAGAAGUAUGCAGAGUAUGUAUUGAACGUGUUAUUUCUUCUUUUGGCCGUUAAUCCUCUUCGAGGUUUUUUCUAGGUAUUACAGUCAUACGCACCAGUGUAACUCUUGCUCUUGAUGAAUCCUAACAGACUUUGAAGUCACUGAGGUUGCAUUUGACACAUACAUUUGUAGUGAACUAGGAAAGUAGGAAAUGUCUAGCCCGCAGCCAGAGAUGAAUUGGGUUAAGCAGUUGACUACUUUACGCAUAAAGUCAUACAUCUCGUGAAUACUGCUGCCUGCGUCUUUUAAUCAGUUCUGGCCUCUUGGCUUAUUGUUUAAGAAAAUUACCUUAAGGUAAACGAAACAAGAACUGAACUCUGGUUAAAAUAAAAACUUCAACAACGCAAUUAUAACGGCAAUAAGAAAAAAAUUAUUGCUAAAACUUGCAAUUCACUCACUUCAAAUCAAAACAGAAUUUAGGUUGAAAUUUCAUUCCCAAUAAUGAAGCUGAAAUUUUGUGCUGUUCCUCUUAGUAAGAAAGAAUGGAUGGAGAAGAAGGCCUUGGUCAAAGACAAUCCUAUGAAUGAAAAACUUCUCUUCCACGGAGUUGAUCCCCAAGUUGUAGACACGAUAUGUGAGGAGAACAUCGACUGUCGUGCUCUAGAAGAGGACCGAGCUGCCCAGUUCGGUAAAGGAGCCUACUUCACAGAGGAGGCGGCCUUGAGUAAUCUCUACUGCAGGCAAGACUCCGAGUCCUUCCGGUACAUGUUUUUGUGCGAGGUUCUUGUGGGGUCAUAUGCCAAAGGUGAGCCAACCUUACCACGACCACCGUUAAGGAGUGACUCCGAAGCCAAGAAACAGCGUUAUGACUCUUGUGUGGAUAACGUCACCAAGCCCACCAUUUUUGUGCUGUUUGCCUCGGAUCAGUAUUACCCGACUUUCUUGAUAAAGUUCAAGACCAAAUCUAAGGUGGUCUGUUGAUCAUUGAGGUACAUAUACUGUUUACAGACCUCAUAACAUACUCACGUUUAGAUUAUAAAUUUUCAUUCUAAGGCUUGAGAAGCUUUGAAUGCUUAAACGAAGUGAGCGCAUUUCUUUGGUAAGCGUUUAAAAUGAAAGUAAAAAAACGUAUACAUGUAUCUUCCUUUCCCGUUUCGGUGAGCUCGAAAGCAGCGAAUAUGAUUUUUCGAUUGAAAAUAAUCAAUCUACAUACAGAAACAUUCGAAAUAAGGAAGAAAGAAGCCAAGGUGGUAUUAAACUGACUUGAAAUUGGUUCGAUAUUUCAUUUUAUGUCAUGACCAUUGAAAGCAGCGCUCUUUGGGUUUUAUGACAAGAGUAUGAGGUGAUCUGAAAGGAUUUGUUAUCUGAAAUACAGUUCUUAAGCCCUUGCAGAAUUCUCUUUUCAUUGAAGACUCAUUAUUGCUACAAGAGAUGCACAGGAAUCUUUUCCCCCUGAAAUUCUAUCCUCCUGAAUAACCAGUCUCAUACUCAUGUGGCAUAAAUUAGCUUUUAAUUUCCUGUAGCAGUAAAAUGAACGGUAAUAUUUCCUUUGGGACGUGUUCCUUAUGGGAUGUCAAACCGCAUCCCUAGUUAACACCACAAAAGGGACAACUAUGUUUAUGGGAUAUUUCAGUGUCUGUUGAAUGAAGGUCCCAUUGCAUUUUUUCUUGUGUGGUAGUAAUAUAAAAUGUAACUAAGAGAGGUAUUAUGUGGUCUGAGGCCACUGAUAAGUUAAUAUAUCUCUUCGGUCGAUGAAACUAUUCACCAUAAAACGUCCUCCGUAUGUGCGUAUAGCAGAUACUGACGUCAUUCUGACGUUAAACUCAACUAUCAGGAUCAUCUUCGAUUGACAAUUUAAUCGCUUUUCGUCAUAGAAGCAGGUCUCAAAAAAAAAAAAAAAAAAAAAAAAAAAAAAAAAAAAAAAAAAAAAGAAUAAACGGUUUUGUUAAAAAUAUCGCUGGUUCCAACACAAGAAACGCGAUAAUUUUAUGCUGCAGUUUAUUUCACGUGUACGUUGGUCGGUCGACUGAGCCACUUUUUGCGAGUUUGCGAUUUGCGAGUACUCACGUACUUCCCGACUUCACAACGGAAACUGCAUACCCCUUGCUAUUACGACUCACGAAGGCUCUGAAAUUAUGUGGCCUACCUGAAAUUAUGUGGCCUACUGUAACGUGCAACUGUCACAAAGUACUGAGAUGUGUUUUGAUAGUUGUUGUCUCUUGUUACGAAGGUACUUCAGGUACCAAUGCAAGUUUCGGACUUGAGCACUUUUGUUUUGCUCCAAAGGGUUUUUUACUCUUAUAAGCUGGUCUAUAAAAGGCUUAUUUCACAAUAGUAAGUCAUCUUAAAGCCAUGUACGGCUUACUUGUGAAGAGGGCAAAACUUUUUCUUCCGUUUUUUGUGACCAAGUGGAAGUUUACCCAUGAAACUCCGUAAAAUUGUAGCCCACGAUCUCAUGGUUCACCCAAAAUGAAUCUUGCGCCUGUCAACAAUUUUUUUUUGAAUAACGUUAGUGUUCAUGAUAAGGUGAUUUGAUCUCCCUGGUUAAAUCAGCUAACUCUGCUACAUUUUGAACAGCAAUUUAUGGUAGUCUUGAAAUACCAUUUUAAAUGCGCUAUUUCAAGUUGACCCGUAAUGCUGCGUGAGAUUUUUCAAGCAUUCCAAUCAUGUAAACAUACCUAAGGGAGAAAAUGACGUGACAUAGAAAUUUCCCAAAAGAAUUAAGUAGAAAAGAACUGGACAAUUAGAUUCAUGUUUAUGCCAUAAAUGACGAAAAAUUGUGUCAUAAAACUGAAUGUAUUACAUCAAUUCUUUAGUUUCGAGGGAAGUGUAGUCUUUGGUUGCUUGCUUUGGUGCGGAAUGUUUAUGCUCGGUAGACCAUAAAGUGUAGUUGGGUGUUGUCUCAUGCAAACCAUGCUUAGAAAUAGGUCCGUCUCCCCCAAAAAUGGCUCAGCACAGUCAUUGUGACCCUGAGAAGUUGUGUAGAAAUACUCUGGAGAUGACAGUAACAUUCGGGUUGUCUUACUUUACUAAAACUUAGUUUUAGUGAAUUAGUUCAGUUCCAAGUCGAUUGUUUCUCCAAUUCGGAAGAAACUGCCUUUUUUUCUCUGAAUUUAAAAUAAUAUAUGGCGCAGUCCUUAACCGUUUUACUCCCAAGAUCUCAUCAGUAAUUCUCCUUACUGUCUGUCAUACAAUUUCUAUGAUGUUAGUUCGGAGAAUUUGGUAUUAGAUCAACUAAUAGUGCUCGUUGAUAUUCUUCUUUUUCUCAUCACUUAUCUUCUUGUUGAUGUAUUGAUAAUGUAAGGAGAACCUCUGUCAUGGUCACGCAUGAGACUGACGGGUUAUAUGUCGUUAGCUUAAGUAAGCGUUUUGUAGCUAAAUAUAGAGCUAUACAAGUUUAAUAAACAAUUGAACGCAUUAGUGUCGAAGAAUGCACCGUAAAUCAGCAAAACUAUAGCAGAACUUGCUCUUGGUGUAGCUCAUAACUUAAUCAUAAUUUAUUUAAGAGUUUUAGUGAAAUGCCAUUAUGUUAUUUAGUAUCAUUAGAUGAAUUGUAAUACAUUUCGGUGUCUCUUCGCCGCGCGCCUCGCCGAAAUUAGAUUCAGUGAACGCAUCGAGGUGUAACGCGAUGUCUCUACGGCUUCCGGUGGGCAAAGCGUUAGCGCGCACCGUUGUCAAAUCUUGGCGUUUUUUUGGUCACGGAAAGAUGUGCGACGCUUGCUUGUUGGCGUGCGGUGUAAGGCGUUAGUUGAUUUGCGCUUCUUUAUCCAUUGCUUAAAUCACUACUUUUUUCCUUUACUUUUACUCCUAAGCGCCAAUGUUAUAUGUAUAUGUACUCUUUAUCGUUAACUUAUCAAUAUACAUUUUUUUUCACAUUGAUUGCUAAUGUUUUCGCAGUCUAGUACCUUUGAUUCGGUAAGGUGAAUUGCUAAAUCAGUGAAGGAAACAAUGUCUUGUUCAGCUCAUCCUUUGGUGACCUUAAUUUCCUGGCUAUACCACCUAGUGUAUUUUACCCUUGAGAAAUCGUACUGUUUCUUGUGGAAGAGAUCUUGUUCGCGUCAACGGCUGCGAUGAACUGAACACGACAAUUGUAUCCAGAAAAACAUCAUGUUAGUUGGAAGUUAUAGAACUUGUAAACUGUAAGUUAAAAUUAUGGCAUUGAACGGUUGUUGAACUUAGAAAGUUUUUGAUGUCUUUUUUCUUCGUACUCGGUGGUCGCAGAUAUAAAAGAAACGAUAAAAGACUGCGUUUUGUGUUAUUACAUAGAUUUGACGGCCUUGAAAAGAGACGCAAGCGUUGUUUUCCUC